UUAAAUGUUACUCUAACCAACUUCAUUGUUUUGAAAUUUUAAUUUCAUUAAUGGUUCAUUUAUGCAUGGCUCUAUCAUUUUAAUAACAAUUAUUAAUUUAAUUUAGUCAUAAGUGUUCUUAUCAAUCUUAAUGAUAAUUUAUAAAAGUUAUUACUUCUUUACAGGUUUAAAGUUAAGUUCAAUUCAAAUUUGAAUUUAGUCUUUUCAUCUAGUGGAGCCCUCCAAUUAGCCAAACUUCAAAAGGAAAAUUCAGAUUUUUCUACUACGUAGGCUAAGCAGUUACUAUAUAACACAAUAAAACCAACACUUCUUGUAGUGUCAACUCGACAGCGCCACCGCUUUGACAUCCUUAAAUACACCUAAUGCUAAGAGAAAACUAACUCCUUUGUUCUCUCUUUCUACUAGUUAUCUUCUUUUAACUAGACUAAUGAUGCUGGUUUAAGGAUUGUGCUUGUGAGAGUCAAAAAGCAGAGAAUUUUAGAAACAUUUAAUAGAUGUUUGGGACACUUGAACACUUUUAAUUGUUAAAAUUGUCUGAUCUCACCCCUCCUUUCUCACUCAUCAGGUCACCAAGAAGAUAGGCGUCGUUAGAUCCAAUUCUAAACACGCAUCCAGAAACAAUUUAUUUGGUGUACGGAGUCAAUCCUAUUCAGAAGCCAAUACUGUUAUUGUUGUCCUACUUUCUGUCACUUCAGAAGAAAGUUAAUAUCAACUUCAGUCCUGGUAUUUAGAAAUCUUAUUUUUAUAUUUAACAAAAGCUAAAGGAACCUUCUCUCUAGGAAAGUGGAAACUACAGAUUUUCACCCUACUCCUUGGUCUCCCUAUCACUUUUGUUUUUCUUUGUUCUCUCACUGUGUCUGUGCUACUGACUCUUUCCACAGAGACUACCAGUUAGACACGCGUACCCACCAGAGGGCCACAGUUCCAGAGAACCACACUUCACUCAACAUUAGAACACACUUAACAUUGCACAUUAACAUUUCUCCUUUUCUGUUUGCAUUGUUCUACCUUCUUUUUCUUUUCUUUCUCCUCUCUAUCUCUCUUCAAGGUCUGUGUCAGUUAAAAUCCUAAGUCCUCCCCCCGCCGCAAAACAUGGCUCACUCCAAAGAUCCUGUUGGCCACUGGAAGGACCUGGAAACGUGGCUGAGCGUUGUAACAGGCAGUCUCCUCCCUAAAGCUGCCGAAACACUGCAGCCCCUGACGCAAAACCAAUUGGAUGAGAACAUAGACAGCAUCAUGAAGCAAGACCCAAGUCAAAGCUUCAACCACAAGGAGCUGGCCAAAAUCACUGGUACUUUGAGUCACACACUCAUAGCCACCCUCAAAUUGAGUGACAGACAUGCCUCCCAACUCCAACACAAGCUGACACGCCUGCAAGCCCGCAUCGAGCAGCUAGAGCUAGAGGCUCAGGAACGUCUGGAACAACCAAGUGAGGUGGAUGAAGGUACCACAGAGGAGAUCAACAAACUACAAGAAGCCCUAACAGCCAUCACAGAAGAAAGAGAACAAGCCAGAGCAGACCACGCUGACGUCGCUAACAAGCUAGAUUACGCUGAACAGCUACUGAAGGAAGCGAAGGUGGACUUAAGAGACAAAAAGGCCAGAAUCAAAGCCCUUGAAACUCACCUGAGCGAAGCAAGACAUGAGAUCGACAGACUAAUGCAGGAAGUGGAUGACAUCAAAGAGGAGUCCGCCAGUGAACUCAGGCAUGCCUAUGCACUGCGCUAUGAACCUCCAAAGACAAGAUGUGCACCAGCCUCGCCCCUGCCAAGCAGGAUAGGAUCCCCUGUCCCUGAGCUCUCACCUAUUGAAAGAUGUGAGAAACCAUGCCGAAGAUCUUCACCAGCACCUUCUGAAGAGCCUUACCUUACCCCACAGCGACGAGAACCUGUGAUAGCCAGUCACAGAUCGUCAUACAGUCUGGACCUUAAAGACCUUGACAAGCUGGCCAGAAACAUUGGCAAGUUUACUCCAAGUGUGUCAGGUGGUCUGGAGGUCCACACUUAUUUGCAAGACAUUGAUUUCCAUCUGGAAAUGAGACCUAAUGUCUCUAAUAAAGAAAGACUGUAUUUGCUUCGAGCCACAUCCAGCACUGAGGUGCGCAGCUUCCUGGACCGACAACCGGCUCGGGUAAAGAAUGAUUAUCGCUUGCUCCAAGAAGCCCUCAUCAGAGAGUUUGCAAACCCUGAAUCAGAUCAAGGACUGUUAGGUGCUCUGGAGACAAAACAAGCUCGCAACGAGUCCCCACAUGCUUACUACAACCGACUCAGGCAAGCCUUUUUCGGAACUCGCAACGAACCGAAUAUGGAAGAAGACCUGAACUUUAAGAUUCUCUUCCUGAGAAACCUCCAUCCUGCAGUAAGCCAACAUCUCGGAGUACUCGCAUGCCCACGAACAAUGAGCAUCCAGCAAUUGCGAGAUUUGACACAGAAAGCCCACGACAAACAAAAGAUGGUGUUAGAGAAGAACACUAAAACUGCAAAAGUUCUUGACUUUAACACCCAGAAUCCAGAACUGGCACUAGAGGGUGCCCAACGCCCAAACAGCGUGAGACCACUAUCCCCAGCGUGGAAUGCGUCUCCGUCCAAUAGACAACGGAACUCCUAUGCUGACACAAGAUUCAAACAGAGGAACAGUCACUGGGAUGGACCGCGUGGACAACGACGCUCACCUGAACACCACCGGGAAAGAAACCAAUGGGGGUCGAACAAAAACUGGUCACCAUCCAAGGGAAGACAUCAAAAACCUGGAUCAUCAAGUCCAAGGAGUCAACGAAGGUACUCCAAAAACUUCCACCCUGACAACGCUCAGAAUCAAUCCCAGCAAGAGGAAAAUGCCCCACCGGGAUUUGACCCUCAAGAACUGGUAAAAUUGAUGAUGAAAGAGUUUCUCAAAUGCAUAGAGGAGGACAGGAAACGGGAAAAGGAAAAAGCAGAUUCAGCCUGACUAGUCGCCGAGCGGAGAAGCAACAACCGCCUGAACCAACAAACACUUGCAGGUGAAAGCCCUCAGGCUCCCAAAAGUGCCGUUCGGGUCGUCUGCCACUUCUCCGACAAACCUCAGUUCAGUCCUAAACUCUUCCUGACCCAUGCCAAACUCCGCUACCUCCGUUACUGGAUGAACAUUUGACAGCUCUAUCAUCACUGAACAACAAAUGGGGGAGGACCACAACUUGACACAGAUCAACUGUUCUACCCUCUACAUACUAACAUAUCCUUUGACAUUCUAGGGAACACCUAGUUAAACACAACACUAAUACUUUCUCCUCUACAGCACUGCUAGAACAACCUCUAGUAAGAGAGGAGCCACUUCACAUAUGCAACACUGUUAUUGCUGGUUUUUAACCUACCUUGUUUUUUUGCAUCCCUGUACCUCUUGAUUUCCUUCUUUCUCUCUCUCUCCCUAACUGAUUUGCAGUUCCAGUCCCCUCUACAGGGAACUCCUGCAAAUUCAUGCAUAGGGCCUAAAAGUAGAAUUGACUCCUUCUCCCAAAUUAGUGUCAAUUGCUGCAGAAUUAUUGCUUAUUUAAGUUGAAGCUAGCGCCACUCCAUACUUGCAAUGAAGUAAACUAGCUAAAUAACUAAAUUUGAAUUAUUUCAGGCAAUGUUACACUACACCUUGUGUUCUUAACCCGAACAAUUUAAGCUAAAACCUGCACCAGAACUCAGUCUAUGGAAUGGAAAUGUGGUUUGUGUCUUGUGUGUCUGUUCUCUCUCUACCUAUGCCUCUUGUUCCAGUGUCUGCCGAUGUUCAUGCCAGGAACAUCACCAUCCAAAUGGGGGAUGUGGGGAGUCAACGGAUCGUUCCAGAACCGAACAAGCCACAGACCAUGUUAUCCUUAAAAGAUUGGUUGGUGCCUACGAGUCUGAGAUUGAUUUCAUUUUCAAAGCAAUCCAC